CUUCCUUUUCAUAUACAAAUACAGAAGGACAUAGUGCAGACAGAGCUGUAAUCACUAGUUUGCAGGAUGGCUCUGAACAUUGCUUCAACACUUCUCCUGGCUACAGGCGUCGCUUUCCUAAUUUAUUUGAUUAAAUGGUGGAGCAGAGUCAAACAGAAGAACCUACCCCCAGGACCUACACCUCUACCAGGCUUGGGGAAUAUCCUUCAGAUGAGCACCUCAGAGCUACCACAGUCUUUAGUUAAGCUGAGUGAGAAGUAUGGACCUGUCUAUACGCUCUACAUAGGCAACCUUCAGGUCAUAGUACUGAUUGGGUAUGAUGCUGUGAAGGAAUCAUUGGUGGACCGCAGCGAUGCAUUUAGUGACAGAGGAUACACAGGAGUAGGAGAGUUUUUUUCAAAGGACUUUGGAAUCUUUGCAAGCAGUGGGGAGAGGUGGAAAAUCCUUCGUCGAUUUUCUUUGACAACGUUGAGAAAUUUUGGAAUGGGAAAGAGGAGCAUUGAAGAAAGAAUCCAAGAAGAAGCCAGAUUUCUCACUGACAAAUUUAUGGAGGACACAGAUACCACAAUUGACCCAACAUAUAUUCUACGACAAGCUGUUUCCAACGUCAUUUGCUCAGUUGUGUUUGGGGAAAGAUUUGACUAUGAAGAUAAAAAAUUCUUGACACUCCUCUCCUAUUUAAAUGAUAUUCUUGAAUUCUCCAACAGUCGCUUUGGGCUGCUUGUAAAUAUGUUCCCAGCCAUAAUGCCUUACAUUCCCGGUCCUCAUCAAACAUUCUUCCGAAUUGUUAACAACCUGAAACAAUUUAUUAAGGAUAUGGUGAAAACCCACCGAGACACCGUGGAUGAGAACUGCCCUCGUGACUUCCUAGAUUGCUUCCUCAUGAAGAUGGAGGAGGAAAAAUAUAAUCCAGAUACAGAAUUUCAUGAAGAAAACCUAGAGAUGACAAUAUUAGACUUAUUCUUUGCUGGAACAGAGACUUCAAGUUUGACACUGAGAUAUAGCUUUCUUAUACUCAUGAAAUAUCCAGACAUACAAGAGAAGAUCCUCAAAGAAAUUGACCAUGUAAUCGGCAAAGAUCGCUGUCCAUCAAUAGAAGACAAGAGUAAGAUGCCAUAUACAGAAGCUGUAAUCCACGAGAUCCAGAGAUUUGCUGAUAUUGUCCCUUUAGGAGUUCCCCAUGCUGCCAGUAAGGUCACAACCUUCAGAGGAUAUCACAUUCCAAAGGGAAUCUUGGUGCUUCCAGUCCUGACCUCUGUUUUGAAAGAUCCAACUCAAUUCAAGAACCCCGAUGAAUUUGAUCCUGGACACUUUCUUAAUGAGAAUGGUUGCUUUAAGAAAUGUGAUGCAUUUAUGCCAUUCUCUACAGGCAAACGUGUGUGUAUGGGAGAAGGCCUGGCUCGUAUGGAGCUCUUCGUCUUUCUAACCACCAUACUGCAAAAGUUUACCUUGGAGCCGACAAUAGACAGAAAGAAUUUGAGCAUAAGACCAGAGCCCAACACCAACGCUUCAAGACCUUAUCCAUACCAGAUGAAGGUUGUCCCUCGUUUCUGAGUUCAGGACAAGCUUUAAGCAUAAAGGAAAUUUAGAAGUUAUAGAACUUACAAACUAAGAAGGCAGCUCUAAUGUUUGAAAGAUAUCAAAUGAAAAAAAAAAAGCAAUAUAAAGACAUGUUUACACAAAGCAUACACUUUUUUUAUUUUUUGUAUUGGAUAUGUCAGGAUUAAUUUAAAUAAUAUAAUGCAAUUCUUAACUUCAGAAAUUAUUCUGUUUUAAUAAAACUUUGGAAUGCA